CAUCACUUGCCUUCUCCUCGCAUCUUGAGCCUUGGUAUCUUGUCGGGGCAUAAAUCUACAAUCAUGGGUCAGAAGAGACAGCGUGAUCCCAAAGGCGCAGGCCUGCAGUCGAAGAAGAGGAAGAAGGACGCCGCCGCCGCGACCGAGGACAGCGAUUGGGACGGCAUCGUCACCGUCAAUGAUCUCAACUGGAAGGAGGUCGCGCUACCUGAUCGUCUUGAGGAUGCGGGAGGUUUCUUUGGAUUGGAGGAGAUUGAUGGAGUCGACAUUAUCAAGUCGGGUGGAAGUGAAGGCGUCCGGUUCAAGGCGGCAACUGGUAAACCGAAGAAAUCAAUUCUGAAGAAGAAGGAACCGGAGGAAGAAAAAUCCAAGGUUGAUGAAGAUGAAUGGUCCGGUUUCAGCGACAACGAGACGACUGAGCAAAAAAAAUCUUCCCCGAAGGAAGAGAAGAAGGACGAAGAGGCCGGCGAGACCAAGGUGAAGGAGAACAAGAAGGCCAAGAAGGAUACAAAGAGACCGAAGGAACAGAAGAAGGCUAAAAAGGAAGUGAAACAAAAGGCCACACCAAACCAGCAAGACGAUAGCAUCAAGGCUGGACUUUCGUUCGCAGCUCUUGAGGAUGAAGAGGACGACGACGGCGUGGAUAUUUCUGCCUGGGAGUCGCUUGGCCUGUCUCCUGAAAUCCUCACCGGUCUGUCGAAGAUGAAGUUCACUACGCCCACGCUCGUUCAGAAGUCUUGUAUACCCCAGAUUCUCGAUGGCCACGACGUCGUUGGCAAAGCGUCGACGGGUUCCGGAAAGACAUUGGCUUUCGGCAUCCCCAUUCUCGAACACUACCUUGAACAAAGACGGAAGGACUUGCGCAGUGGCAAGGAGAAGGAGAAGAAGGACAAAUCCCCCAUUGCUCUCGUUCUCUCCCCCACUCGAGAGCUGGCACAUCAGUUGGCUAAACAUAUUGGCGACCUUUCCACCAACACCCCUGGCGCCAGUGCCCGCAUCGCACUCUUGACUGGUGGUUUGUCUGUGCAAAAACAGCAGAGAGUGCUUACUGGGGCUGACAUCGUCAUCGGUACCCCCGGUCGAGUAUGGGAGGUGCUUAGCAGCGGUCAGGGUUUGAUUCGCAAGAUGCGGGAAAUUAAGUUCCUCGUUAUCGAUGAAGCGGACAGACUUUUGAGUGAGGGCCACUUUAAAGAAGCUGAAGAGAUUCUUGGUGCUCUCGAUCGCGUCGAGCAAGGAAACUUUGGCGAUGAGGAUAGCGAAGCCGAGGAAGAGUCCGAUCCCCGAUCUGAGAGGCAGACUUUGGUCUUCUCUGCCACCUUCCAUCGUGACCUGCAGCAGAAGCUUGCCGGAAAGGCACGUUGGGCUGGAGGCGACAUCAUGAACAACAAGGAAUCAAUGGAAUAUCUCCUCCAGAAGCUCAACUUCCGCGAGGAGAAGCCCAAGUUCAUUGACGUGAACCCGGUCUCUCAGAUGGCUGAAGGGCUCAAGGAGGGUAUUGCCGAGUGUGCAGCCAUGGAGAAGGAUCUUUAUCUCUACACUCUUCUACUCUACCACCCCAAACACCGAACGCUCGUCUUCACCAACUCCAUCUCCGCCGUCCGCCGUCUCACCCAGUUUCUCCAGAACCUCCAACUUCCCGCUCUGGCACUCCACUCGUCUAUGGCCCAAAAAGCUCGUCUGCGCUCAGUCGAGCGAUUUUCCUCGCCCACAUCUGACCCCAGCAGCAUCCUCGUCGCCACCGACGUCGCCGCCCGUGGUCUCGAUAUCAAGGGCAUCGACUUUGUCAUCCACUACCACGCCCCCCGCACAGCCGACACCUACGUCCACCGUUCUGGACGUACCGCCCGUGCCGGUGCUUCAGGAAAGAGUGUUAUCAUCUGCGCCCCCGAGGAAAUGGUCGGAGUGGUCCGCCUAGCCGCGAAGGUGCACGCCAACAUGGCUAACGGAAAGAAACUGCCUCUCGAAUCACUAGAACUGGACCGUCGGGUCGUCGCUCGGGUCCGCCAGCGUGUCGACCUAGCCGCCAAGAUCGCUGACUCCAACAUCGCCAAGGAGAAGGUCUCCGCAGAGGACAACUGGCUCCGGACAGCAGCCGAGGACCUCGGCGUGGAAUACGACAGCGACGAGUUCGACAGCGCCCAGGGUCGUGGUCGUGGUCGUGGCCGCGGCCGUCAAGAUAAGCAACGCAAAGCCAGCGAAGUCUCGAAGAACGAAAUGGCUGGUAUGCGCGCGGAAUUGAAACACCUUCUCUCUCAGCGCGUGAACGUCGGCGUGAGCGAGCGGUACAUCACCUCGGGACGAGUGGAUAUCCAGGCGUUGUUGCGCGGCGAGGGCAACAACUCGUUCCUGGGCCAGGUGGAUCCUCUGGGAUUCUGAUCCAUGUAAAUACUUUGUGUCGUGUCUAUAUAUACCAGAC